UAUUAAGGCCAUAAUCGUAAAUACAAACUCCAACGGGCAAACGCAUCAUAGAACGAGAUUGGUUUCAGAAAUCCCAGACCAGGCCAAGACGCUGUCAAAUUUUAAGAUUUGUUUCUCAAACAAGAAACCAAAAUCUUUCCUCCUGCUUCUUCAAUACUUCCUCUUUCUUUUUCUUUUUCUUUUUUUUUUUUUUUUUUUCUGUCUUUGGGAUUCACUCAACAAACAAAAAACGAAGAUGAUGCACAUGACCUUAUAUUGGGGAAAAGACAUAACUCUCCUCAUCGAUUCCUGGAAGACCGAUUCAUGGCUGAGUUACCUCCUCACUCUACUCGCUUGUUUCCUCUUCUCUUCCUUUUACCAGUACAUGGAAGAUCGGCGCCUCCGUUUCAGAUCCCUCGCUUCCUCCAAACCAUCCCAACCUUCCUCUGCUGGCGCCGACGUCCCUCUCCUCCAGAAACACCGCCGCUCCGCGACACUUGCGACCGCCGUGCUCUUCGGAAUCAACUCGGCGAUCGGGUAUCUCCUGAUGUUGGCUAUCAUGUCGUUCAACGGAGGCGUUUUCUUGGCCAUCGUUUUGGGACUCGCUGUUGGGUACUUGUUUUUCAGGUGCGCUGAUGAGGAGACGACGGCGGAGAACGUUUGCGCUUGCGCUUGACACCAUUUUCUCUUCACUGUUCUACUUAUACUAUUUUUCUUUACUUUGUAUACUGUACCGGUAUUUCCUGUACGAAAUAUCGGUACCGUUUUUUCCCUUGAAUUAUAUGAUUUUCUUUGCGUUUUAAAAUCAAUUACUCUUCUGUUUAUUUGUUUCUCGUUGUUUGAAAAUAUGAAGCUGCGAUUGAUUAAAAGAAGAAAACUUGGGAAUUAGCCAUGAUUGGUAGCACCGACGGUUUAUUAUCCAGUUCCCCACUAAUCUGUUGGUAGUUGAGCAACUAUUUCACAGUUGACGCCUGUUUGAUGAACCUGUGAAGCAAACACAAUCCUUUCAAGUGAGAUAGGAAUAGGAUUCUUUGCGUAAUCUUUUACUUUUUUUUUUUUUUUUUUUGGAAAUUCAGGCGAUAUCAUCAAUUUUAACUUAAUGUUGCCAAAAAUUGAAAGAGGGGAAAAAGGCAGUAAAGGAAGACACGAAGAGCACAAAUCGAUGCUCGGUUCCGUUGUUUAUAAUGGGCUGUAACAUAUCAAUAAAGCUAUUGAUGUCCAAAUUCAAGUUAUUAUAGACUGUCAGCCCAUACGGGCCAAGGAUUCUGUUUUUGGGCUUCAACCCAACCCGAUGUGAUGUGUAAUGACCAAGAACGAGUCUAGCUGUUGAUGAUCAGAUCAUAGCCGAGCUAGUAGCAGGCCACCCCUUGGGCGUAUCGAGAAAUUGGAAAAUACCCAAAAAGAUCUUUGCUUUGUACUGCAGUUGUCGUCAGUGGAAGCCUAACAUCACUAUCUCAAAAGAGUAAUCGGACAAUGAUAGUUCAUUUCUGAAACACAAACAGUCCACCAUUGUCGCACCUGCUCACGUUAUCUUCAACCCACUUUACAUGCACCGCCAACUUGAUCACAUUUCUGAUAUUACCCUUAAUUUAUUUUUUCUCCUUUAAUUAAUUAUUAAAUUAUGUACUUCGUUACCUUGACGUGUUUGU